UAAUGGUCGUACCGUGCAGUUCGCGAAUCUUGCGCUGAAAAGAGAAAAGAAGAGCGAGUUGAGAGAACGAAAACGGUGGCGCUCACACAUUUCCCUGCUUCCGUUCUGCUGUUUCCCGUUUGGAGUGCAAAUUUUCUUCGCGUGAGUGCUUCAGCAGGGGGAGAGAUCAGGAUCAGCGGGAUACGAACCGGGAGUGCGUUCGUUCCUGUAGGAUGAUAUAAAAAGCACCGCUACCGGUCACGGAGGAUGCAGUCGUUUUCCACCGGUUAAGAAGCGCGGUCCAUCGUUCUUACAGUGGUUAUUUUUGUGUGUGAGGAAAGAUCAUCCCUCAGACCAAGGGCGCCAAGCAAGGGAGCUGUUGAGGUGUUUGCGCGAAUCAAUCGAACCGACAUAAAGGUGUGUGCGGCGACAGUCCGAAGCAGAAUCGAGGUGUGUGCGCUAGCAGUGUACGACGAGUGAGCUCGUACAUCCCGGACCUUACAGUGAGCGUGGCAAAAGAAUGUGCGAAUCUUCAAUCUAAGCAAUCCGUGGGCUGCCCGCACACAACAGCUCCAACUUCCAGUCGGCGUGUUUGGAAAGCCUCACCCACAAACGGUCUAACCGCUAGAUCAACACAACAGUGGGUGUUGGUGUGUUUUUAAGUGUUUGUGCAUGAUUUGUGUGUGAUUUGUGUGUGUGUUUGGAUACACAUUUCGUGUGGGAAAAGAGUACGGGUUCGUGGAAAAAGUGACGAGCGCGUGUUCAAAGCCGUUCAAAGCUCGUAACUCCCAAAGCAAGAUCCGGGGUAGCUUCUGCUCACGCAAAGUAGUGCACUUGCCAGCAGGUUCGCUCAUCGCUGGCGCUGUUUGUACGCUGUGUGCACCCGCGUGUUGACACUCUGCACUAUUACGCGCUGAUUGAUGACUGUCAAUAUGUCACCGCUGGGUGGUGGUAGAUGGCGCUGUUUAGCGUCAUUACUGAUUUUCACGAUACUUGCGCGUAUCGUUCGUGCCGAGCAGGAAGUUAUCGUGGCGAUUGAUGAACCCGGCAAAACCCAAUACCAUGAGGCAAACUUUAACACCAGUUCAUACCAGUACGGGUACGAGGUGGGACCGAACGGACAGUUCCAUCACGAAACACGUGGCCCCGAUGGUGUCACUUACGGUUGCUACGGAUAUAUCGACCCGAAUGGACAGCUGCGCGUGACGCACUACGUGGCCGAUACGCACGGGUACCGGGUGGUAGAGCCGAACCGGCCGGUCGAAAUUUUUGUCGAUGCUCCUACACAGUACAGCAACUCCAUUGCGGAAGAGGAACCACAGGAGCGACGACGGGGUGAGCUACGGCCGUGGACGGAGCUGUACCUGCCGAAGGGAUGUGGCAUGUUUCCGGGUGGUAUGCGGCCGGACGGUGGCUCAGGUGGCGCUAGUCCACCGACGGCACCUUCAUACCCAAGCACCGGUGGAAGCGGCAGUACACAAGGUAGAAUACAUUGA